AGAGGGAUGCCUGCUGCUCUGAACAAGAUGUUGACCGACGACUUGCCCUUGGUCCGCGUGUUGUGUGCCUCGGUGCAACAAAACCAGCACACAGCCCACAGUUCACCUAGAAGUCGGCUCCUCUGUUGCAUUACCUCUGCUUCACGACGAAGACGUCAUAUUGAUUUUGUUAACCAACACUUCAAAGGAGGAAGAAUUGCGCAGAAUGGCUGCCACCACGACCGUCAAGGUCCCUCACCUGGGUGGCAUCGCCGCCGGCUACCGCGUGUCGGGGGAAGGUAUCAACCCUGCAAAGCCCACCGUGGUCCUCAUUAACUCCAUGUGCACGACCUCGUCUUUGUUCAACGUGCAAUUUGAGAACAAGGCCCUCACCGAUGUCGCCAACCUCCUCGCCAUCGAGCCCCUUGGCCAUGGUGCCACCAGCUCGCCGUCGGAACAGUUCACCUACUGGGACACCGCAACCAUGGCAUUGCAGGUCAUGGACGCCUUGAACGUUCCCAAGGCCUUUGCUCUUGGCACUAGCCAAGGUGGGUGGAUGGUUGUCCGUAUGGCGCUUCUCGCGCCAGACAGGAUCCUGGGCUUAUUGCCCCUCGGCAGUUCAAUGGAUUACGAGUCUGCGGCGUCCCGCGAAAAGGGUUGCUGGGACCCGAAAACGCAACUGUCCCCUUUUUACGAAGCCUGGUCCAGCCCCGUGCCUACCCCGGACUUCGUCGUCGACGAGGUCUGGCGCGGCAUGGUCGCAAAGCUAGGAUUCUCCAGCACCGUCACAGCGGAGACGCUAUCGUUUUGGGACGAAACGCUCAAGGCCGUGUACUCGGGUGACGAGGGCCGGAAGAAGCUUCGCAUGGCUCUCAUCAACCUUCUCGAGAGGGAUGGGCUCCUGCUUCGACUGCGGGACAUCAAGUGCCCAGUCUACUGGCUCCACGGUGUGGAGGACCCGGUGUUUGGGCGGCAAGCAGUGGAAGAGCACAUCAAACUGUUCACAAACGCACCCGAGGCCACGCUAGACUUUGUCGAAGGAGGCGGCCAUUAUCUCAACGCAACCAGCCCAGCGGAGGUGGACGCGGCCAUACUCAAGAUGGUGCGAAAAUAUGCGCCGUAGGGACGAAAGCCAGGCUCCCGGGUCCAGGCCUCAUCCGGCGUAGCGAGACAAUUUGAAGCGAAAUAGAACAUCGUCGGGCCAUGCC